GAAUUACAGAAUCUCAAAAAAAGAAUUAAAAGACUUGAAGCAAGGAAGAAGACCGCAAACAGGCCAACUGUAAAUAAUGUGCAAAAGGUCAGGAAAACCAGAGAGGGUUUCCCAACAAUUCCCAACAGCAGCAAGAGGAGGGAAAUGAGAAAACUUGUAAGCCGUUUCCUGCACCAAGAUGAUGUCUCCACUGUUGUCAAUGGGAAAGCUGGAGAGAUAAGGCAAAAGGGACAAAUCUACAGAAAAAGGACCCUGUCUGACACCCUGGGUAAACUUCAUAGAAGAUUUUGUGCUGAGAACCCCGAGCAAUGUGUGUCCAAAGCCCAGUUCUUCAAACUGAGGCCAUUUUGGAUAGUUAGGCCCAAAGUCACAGACAGGGACACAUGUGCUUGCAAAAUGCAUGAGAACUUCGGCCUAAAAAUAAAAAAGUUGCAGCAGCUUGGGGUUCUCAAAACCGCAAACAUGAGAGACAUUGUAGAGUCCAGUGUGUGUGACUCAAACAACAUGUCCUGCAUGUACAGACGAUGCCCGGACUGCAAGGAAAAGACAUUUCCCGCAUCACUGGAUCCUUCGACCCAAGGAAACAUUGUUACAUGGCAGGAGUGGGUAACAAGGUCUAUCAGCAUUGCGAAGACUGGCAAAGACGGAUCCAUUGAAAAGAAGGAUGUGAAAAACUUUCCUUGAAAACAAGAACACUUCAAUUGAAAAGCUGGUGGCCAUGACAAUUGAGAAUCUCCCAAAUUUUGCAAUACAUCUAUUUAACAUAAAGCACCAAUUUGUGGCACUCAAAACUUUGAGAGAGACCCUCUCUGAGACUGAUGUGGCAGUACAUGUAGAUUAUAGUGAAAACUACAGCUGCAAAUACUCACGUGAAAUCAAGGAGACACAUUUUGGAGGUGGAAACCAACAAGUAACCCUCCACACUGGAGUAGUCUACCUCAGCAGUGGCAGGGUGGAGUCCUUUGCAUCCAUCUCAAAGUGUCUUCAGCAUGAUGCCAAAGCAACAUGGGCUCACAUUGACCCAGUGAUGAGGAAAAUACGAGAAAAACAUCCAGAUGCCAGAAAUAUUCACUUUAUUUCAGAUGGUCCAACAUCCCAAUAUAGAAACAAGACGUCUUUCUACUUAGCUUCCACAGUGCCUUUCAUGCGAGGAUUUCAGUGGGUGACAUGGAACUUUACAGAGGCUUCCCAUGGUAAAGGUGCACCAGACGGAGUAGGCGGUGCCUUAAAGAAUCUGGCAGAUCGAAUUGUCGCCUAUGGAACAAGCAUUCCAGAUGCAGACACACUCUUUGAGCAGCUGGCAAAGAAUUCUUCUGUGACCCUCUAUAAGGUAUCAGAGGAAGACAUUAAGGCAAGCAAUGAAUUGGUUCCUACACAAUUGAAAUCAGUUCGGGGGACAAUGAAAAUUCAUCAACUUACAUCCACAAAACCUGGAGUCAUCAGCACAAGGGAAGUGUCAUGUUUUUGUGAGAAAGAUUGCCAAUGCUUUUCUCCAUGUGUCCAUACCUUCUCUGAAAGAGAGGAGAGCCCUGAUAACGCUGAAUCUACCAUAGAGGUUGGACAGUGGGUCCUUGUUGAAUAUGAUGCCGAGUUGUUCCCUGGCACAGUCACACAGGCCAACGGGACUUGGAAUAAAACAUUUAAAACUGAUUUCGUGAGAAUGACCCAUCUGUGGAAGAGAUGGUAA